CCUUUCCCUUUUCCCUGUCGUAGAGCUCAAUUUAUUUGUACCUAUUACAUAUUCUCCACAGGCCAAUGAAACUUGAAAAAAAAGGAAAAAGGAAAGGCUCCCUUCAAUAUUUUUUCUCAAGUUUUUAUUUUUAUUUUUGGCUUUAAUUUAUUUUCUCAGUGACGAGUAAUCUUCAAAAGCCAGCCUUUCCAGCCAUGCUCAGUUGCUAAAAUCUUUCAUAUUUUCCUUUCACCAAAAAAAUCCCUUCUUCUUCAAGGCCGUCAUUAUCGGGAGGUAAAUUUAUUUCCUUAAAAAAUUUGUAAUUUUUGUUCCUAUCAUUGAUAAUGAUAACUGAGAAUUUACGGUGAAAGAACUCUGCUUUUUUUGUCUACUUCUCUCUUUGUUGAAGUUUUUUGCAGAAAAGAAAGAAAAAUGUUCCAUCUCAGAUCAAAUCAAGCCUACACAACCGCUUUUUGAGAUGUUUUUUCUGAGACAGUUUUAUUAACUGUUCAGUUUAUGGUAAGGGAUCCCUUCUUUACUAUUUGUUUAUUUUACUUUUUUUUUUUAACUUUCAAAGUCUUAAUUGUGCACUUUUAGGUUACAAUAGGUGAGUAAACAGUUUGUGUAGAGAACUAAAGAGAAAAAGAACUGAAAAAUGAGAGAUUUUCCAUCUUGUUUCGCUGAAAAUGGAGUUCAGGUGGCUGAUUUUUCAUCAAGUAGUAGUAAAACUGCACAGAAUUUGGUUGCUUGUGUUCAUCAAUGUCGAAUUCGGGGUCGGACUUGUUUAAUAUCUGUUACUUGGACCAAGAGCUUGAUGGGGCAAAGGUUGAGUAUAGGUAUUGAUGAUUCUGCAAAUCAAUGUGUCUGUAAGGUUGAUGUAAAGCCUUGGUUGUUGUCCAAGAGAAAAGGGUCCAAGAGUUUAGAACCAUUUUCUUGUAAAAUCGAUGUACAUUGGGACCUUUCGUCGGCUCGAUUCGGAUCCGGCCCCAAACCGGUUGAAGGGUUUUACGUCGUCGUCGUUGCCGACAAGAAACCGGUUUUGCUUCUUGGGGACAUGAGGAAAGAAGCUUGUAAUAAAACCGGUGCAAACCAUGUUCCUAAAAGUGCCAUUUUGGUGGCCAAGAAGGAGCAUGUUUUCGGCAAGAGUGUGUUUGCAACCAAGGCGCGGUUUUGCGACAAUGGUCGAGCCCAUGAUCUGAUGAUCGAAUGCGGAACGCUCGGCGUGACAGAUCCGUGCCUUAUAAUUCGUGUCGAUAGAAAGGCUUUGAUGCGAGUAGAGCGGCUGCGAUGGAAGUUCAGAGGGAACCAUACCAUAUCGGUGGAUGGGAUGGCCGUAGAAGUGUUUUGGGACGUUCAUGAUUGGCUCUUUGGAACAUCGUUAGGUGGAAAUGCUGUUUUUUUGUUCAAGACGGAAGAGAAGCUGCGCUUUUCAUUAACUUUGUAUGCUUGGAAGAAUGAGUAGACAGAAGAAAAGAUGUGCAUAAUUCCCUCUCUGCCCUUGGCGU